AUGGUUGCCGCUGCGCUUCCUGAGCUAAUCGGACCGUCCUAUAGCUGGGACACGCCCUUGACGAAGGAGCCUUUGACAGAUGGCAUUCUUUCGCGGAUACGCUCCGUCUCGCUCACCUUCGACGAAGCACUCUCACCAGACUGUGUUCGGAAAGCAGUGAGGUCGAUGGGCAACAGAGCAAGUAUGGCUCCUUUGGCCGUGGCCGGAUCAGCAGUCAACCCUUACAAUCGGUGGGCGCUCAAGUUCAGCUGGCUCAGACCUAUUGCUCCUGUGUCGGUCAGACAUGCUGCUCAUGGAAGAGGGUUGCUGCCAGAGACGUGGGAUAGGAAUCCUUUGAUCGCUGCCGUUGGGAGCGGCCUGGCGGCGGGCUCAGACCUAGUCUACGGCGGGUCAGCCAUUGGCGACCACGCCACGUCAUCAUCCUCAUCGACAGCGGUGCAUUCGUUCAGUCGCACUUUGCCCCCUCCUCACAGGGUUUUGUUGCUCGUCGCCUUGGGCUUAUUCUGCUGGUGGGCAAACCUUAGAGGACUGAGGAGGCUUGGACUCGAGAUCAGCCCAGCUUCGUCAUCCUCCAGAAAUACAGCAAGCCCAAGCGCAGAGGACAGGUCAGCGGUGCCGAUGAGCAACCUGUCUUCGAGCGUGGGCGCUCUCAGCUCCAGCGCAACCUCGGCCCCCCUUCCUGCCGGAAGUGACAUCACUUCAGCGUCCGUAGAGCCCUUCACCUCUAGUGCAGGACGUCCGUCAGCACAAGCUUCCGUCCCCACGUCGUCAUCAUCCACAGCGCUUGAGCGUAGGGUGCUCUCAUUUGCGCUCAUAUACUUUCUCUGGGCGAUGGCUGGCUGGUUGACGUACAGGGUUUAUGUGGACCUCUUGGCUGGCGAUCCGAAGGGUAGACAUGCGCAGGUGCUGCAGGGCAUCACGGUUCUGGGUGCCGUUGCGCUUGCCGUUUGGCCUGGCGAAUUUGCAGCCAAGUGGACAAGAGUGGGCUUUGGGAGGUGAGUAGGAUCCUUAUCUCGAUCGUAGGUGGUACAGUGAUUCAGGCCGCGCGAUGUCAAACGCAGGCAGGGCCAUCGAGCCUGGGUGCAUCGAGCAAUAUUGCUGACCAACCAUGCUUUCCUUGCCAACCUGUACUUCCUAGACACCUUCUCCACCUGCUCAGACCGACGCUCGCACAAGGUCCCACGUUUCCAGACGUGCUAUUGGCAGACAUUUUGACAUCUUUUGCAAAGGUGCUAGGGGAUGUGUGGUUGACUGCUUGCUUCCUCCUACCGCGACGAAAUCAUCACGAGUGGUGGAAUGGAAGAGGAAGCUUGAUAGUGCCCUGCUUGGCUACGUGAGUGUCUCCCUACUUGGCUAUGCCUAUGAACUACAGUUGGGCCCGAUGCGAUCGUACACAGAGCGAAGCUGAGCCCUUCUCGAACCUUUGGCGACAGGCUGCCUUACCUGAUUCGAUUUCGGCAAUGCAUAGCAGAGUAUCUCGUCUCGGCUCCCGUACCGGGGUCGAAUGCCAGCUCGGGCAAGUCCAUGCGACCCUUGGCCAACGCCUUGAAAUACGCUUCAGCGUUCCCUGUUAUCUGGUUGUCUGCGCUGCAAGAUUCCACCGCUGGCACAGAGAGCUCGCCGGAUGGGGUCAAGGGUGUAUACGGUCUGUGGUGA